AUGUCGUCCUCAGCCAUCCCUCCCACCCACCGCGCCCUGCGCCAGGACAUCUACGCCCAGCCCCCGACGGUGCAACAGGUUCCCACCCCACAACCAACCCCGGGCUCUGCGGUGCUGCGCGUCCUCACGGCCUCGGUGAUCAGCUACACCAAGGACAUCUACAACGGCGUGCGCCAAUACCCGUACCCUACGCCGCUGACGCUGGGGGAGUCGGCGCUGGCGCGCGUGGUGGCGCUGGGUCCCGACGCGACAACCCUUAAAGUCGGGGACUUGUGCCUGCUGGACGUGACGAUCCGCGGGCGCGACGACGUCGGCCGCGCCGCGGGAUCUACCUUCCUCAGCGCCAUCAUCGGCCCCAACCCCACGGCGACUAAGCUGUUCCGCGACGCCUGGAGGGACGGCACCUACGCCGAGUACGUGCGCUGGCCGCUCGAGAACUGUUUCGCUGUGGAUGAACAAAGGCUCUUCAACCAACUCGGCUACCAACCGGAAGAUCUGAUGUUCCUCACUAAGAUGAUGGUCGCCUACGGCGGACUGGGACCCUUGUGCACGGACCUGAAGCCAGGCGAGACCGUCGUCGUCAGCCCUGCCACCGGUGGGUUCGGGUCUGCGGCGGUGCACCUGUGUCUCGAGCUGGGCGCCGGCAGAGUCAUCUGCAUGGGCAGAAACCAGGACAUCCUCGCCAGUCUGAAGAACACGACCGCUCCGGAAAAGAGGGCCAGAGUGGAGACCGUCCCUCUCACAGGAGACUGGGAGGUGGACUUGAAAGCGCUCAAGGAAUUGGGCGGCGUCAUCGAUCUCUUCUUCGAUAUCUCUCCGCCAGCAGCAGCCGACUCCAAGCAUCUCAAGGCUGGUGUCCACGCUUUGAGACAUGGUGGCAGGAUGUGUCUGAUGGGCGGGGGGAAUCAUGAUGUCGCCCUGCCGCUUGGAAUGCUGAUGCGCAAGGACAUCACUGUCAAGGGCAAGUGGAUGUACGAACCCACGGAUGUGAAGCGCUUGAUCGCCCUUGUCGAGUCUGGCAUCGUCAAGCUGCACAGAGAGGCCGACGAUGUCAAUCCGCCGGGUUCGAAGGUUGUGGCCAAGUUCAAGUUGGAGGAGUGGGAACAGGCAUUCGACAGUGCUGAAAAGCACGGGAAAAGUGGCGGUAUUGUCGUAAUCGAGCCAUGA